GACGUGCGGCACUUGUCAGAUCAUCCUGCCGGAUGUCUGUCGACGCUAACCUAGAAACUCCGUCCCAUCAUCAGCCGGUCAUCCAGAGGAGAAGCCCUGCAGGGAUUACUCAGCUGCAUCGAUCACUCAUUCCUUGGAUCAGAAGUCGGAGAAGCGGUGCCAAGGCCGGCACCCACCCACCCACCCACCCACCCACCCACACGCGCACACACACACACACACACACCACACACACAGAGGCACACAGCACACACACACACACACACACACACACACACACACACACAGAGAGAGAGAGAGAGAGAGAGAGAGAGAGAGAGAGAGAGAGAGAGAGAGAAGGGUGGCAGGUAUUUCAGAGUAUGCGCCUUGCUGUCUGCUGCCUUCCCCUUGUCAGCCUUUUCGUCAUCGUCCUGGUUGGUCGCCAGCCAUAGCGAUCCGUCGAGCUCCUCGCUUGGCUGAUGAAGAGCAGUACUCUACUCUGCAGUUAGCAAUCGGUGGUAUUACUGUACCUCCAUCUACGGUCGAUUUCCGUGGCUCCGCCCUUAGGCUACCUGUGCUGCAGCGUCGAAGGCACGAGCGAGGCGUGAUCAAUCAACCUGCUCGCCAUCGUCUCUGCGGAUCGUGAUCCUCCGCGUCUCCACAGAUCCAUGUGACCGUCGAAUGUUGCCUCACCGAGCUUUCGCCGAACCUGCGGCGAAACUUCGGCGAACUUUCUUGCGCAAUCCCCGCGCUCCGCGGCCGCCAUUCUUGAAGAUCAGGAGGUUUCAUUUCCCACAAGGUCAGCAAACGAAGCAGAGGCGUGUGUCGUUGAGGACCACCACACAUCGAUUCUAUCCCAGUGGUAGGAAUUUGGGCAAUGGCUGCCAACUUGUUGUAUGUGCAGCAACUGUCCCAGCGGCGGCGGCGAAAACAGCAGUGCGUGUUAGCCUUGUGGAACGGUUUUCUGAGUGGUUGGCAAAGAAGCUGGUUGCGAGUCCUGCAGUUGCUACGCUCCCGUUCAAUCCUCGAGUCUCCGUGGUUGCAGUCAUUCUGAGGGAGAUUUUUGUUUUGAUAAUACUGCAAGUUGCCCUGCACCAAGUGGAGCCCGCAAUGCGGGGAGCCAACGAGGUCUGGUCAAAAUACCUCAGGCGUGAUGAUGAAGUCACAGAAGAAGAAUUUCAGGCAUCUGGGUUCCGAGCCCUUGUGGAGCCCUUCAAUGCAUCUGUACUGCUUAUGGUGACUACACACUGGCUCCGGAUUUUCAGUCCGAUGAUUGGUAUUUAUAUCUCGCGUGGAAGUAUUGCCGCCGUGCGGAAGAUUGGGCUGGUUGUCUCUCUUGUCUGGUUUCUACUGAAGUGGAAGCAGAAAGUCGUUGAGAGCGUCGUUGAUGAGGACAUGAGCCGAUCGCCACAGAUUACUCUUGUGGAUAAGCUGACUUCCAUAGUGCUGGUUCUGACUGGAGCAAUCAUCGGAGCGGAAACCUUGGGAUUUCAACUGAAGACGUUGUUUGCUCUCGGAGGACUUUCAGGAGUCAGUCAGGGUGGUUCUCAUGUUCCCAUUAGUCAGAUUGGUCAUGUGCGAGUCAGCCAGUCUCCACUCACGCCGGAGGACUUAGAAAUCCGGCAGGCAGAAAAACUUCAGGAUGAGUUACAGCGGCAGAUGGACGAUGUGGUAGAGAGGAGAAGGAAAGCUAUGCAAAGAAAAGCUAGACUAGAGAGUAGAGCUCAGGAGCUAGGCAGACUGGAAAGACUGGAUGAGUCAACAUUGGAUCCUGCUGUACGUGUGUUGCGAGGCGCUUUACUUUCAGUGGCGGAAGCGCAAAGCGUACAGCAGGAACUACUGGCUGAUUUGGUAGCAGGCCAGAAACAAAUUCUGGCUGAACUUCGGGGCACUCGCACUAUGGUGAGGCCGCCACAGUUUGCUGUAGUUCCCCCUGCAGGUGCGGGUCCAUCAUCGAUGCCGCAACGCACAAGGCAAACUUUCUCCCCGGGUGGUUUAGUAGCAACUAGUGGUCCGGUUCAUUCAGUCUCAGCCGUAGCAUCUACGACAGUGGUCACUACAGUCCCACUGUCAAGCCAGACUCAGGUUAGUAUGCAACGGCCUGUUUCAGUGGCUAUGCAGCCGCUGCAGCAAGCACCUGGGCCCAUGCAACCUAUGCAAUGGAUGCCCAAGAUAGCUUUGAUGAGUCCCAAGCCCUUCUCUGGAGACAAGAAGAAGGAGGAAGACUUGGACACUUGGGUGAGAACUGUGCCUACUUAUGUGAGGCAUAAGCUCACAAGGCCAGAGCAAGAAGUUGUAGUGGCUGCCUCCUUUUUAGAAGGAUCAGCAGCCCGCUGGUUAAAUGGCUUAGUGCAGCAACAGGGCUACGGUCGAAACUUCGAUGCCUGGGCACAAUCCCAGACAUUGGAAGAGUUCAUACGGUCUGUGUACAACAGGUGGCAUGACCCUCAAGGGGCUCAGAAGGCCACUGACGCUAUCAACAGUCUUUGUUCCCGAAGGUUCAAGAAUGUUAGAGAGCUAACGGACGCAGUAGAACGAUUAAUCGUGGUACCUGGUGUGCGUUUUGACCAGCAGGUUCUCCUAACGGAUUACCUAAGGUGCCUACCUUCAGAGGUAAGGACCAAGCUGGUUGACGAAGCCUAUGUUGAACAGCACACCUUCGCUUCUUUCAGUAAGAAAGCUCUGGACAUCGAGGCAAAGCUGGGAUCUGCGCAUCAGGCGCCGAACGAUGGUAGGAAGAGACUGCCCCAAGAUUGGAAGAAAAAGGGUCAGUUAAUGUUCGUUGACCACGAUGGUCAAACGACGGAGAUUGACGACUACUCAGAUCUUGGGGAGUUCACAGAGCACGAUGGGGGUGGUGAGACUUCAGAUGGUGGAGUCGUGGCACCCAUCAAGGAAAAGGCUAGGGGGACCGGGAAGAAGAAGGUAGGACGGUCCACGGGUCAGGGCGACCAAGGGACACCCGCAUGGGUGAAGAUUGGUUUCGAAUACGAGGUGUGGCGUGACCGUGUUGCUAGGGGCACAUGCAUGAACUGUGGCAACUUUGGCCACACGUCCAGGACUUGCCGCGGCAAGAAAGUCACAACGAAGGUAGCCUCACCAACGGUGUGGAGGAGUGCCAAGGCACUCAAGGGUACCAUGGACGACUUGGUAGCUGUCCCGGACCACGGGGUCACUGAGCCCCAGUUGGUCCAGUUGUUUUAUCGUGCCAUUCCGGAGGCCCUACGCGGGCAUUUCUUUGACAAAUCUCAGCAGGCCGGCAUAACUUACGAUGCAUUGAGUGGAGAAGUCGUCCUGUAUGAGUCGAAGUCUAUGCCAGUUACCACUUUCUGGCAUAAGGACCUGGAGAAGGGGAAGAAGUGGAAAGAUCGUACCAUCUCAGGCCAAGUAAAGGCCAAGGAUCACUUGAUCCUGACAUUAGAGGAGGGUGGUACAGAAGAGGUCCCAUAUGAUGAGAUUGAGUGGGGCCUUGGGGAGGAGUACAGUAGUGUAGGGCAGGGGAGGUCUUACGCUGCUGUCGCGGCCGGAGGGAGGCCGCAAGGUAGAGGAGGAGGCCAGGGCCAAAGGGGCCAGGCCAUGGGAGGCCGAGGACCGGGCGCACAGGGGGUUGGCGGACAGGGAAACCGCCAAGCGGAAGGUAGGGGUCAAGGUCCCCCGUUAAAUCGCCAGGGUAACCGGUCCCCGCAGCGAGGAGGUGGAAGGGCACCUCAAGGAGGAUGGCACCCAGGCUUGCCGCAGGGCAGGCCCUGGGAAGGCUUGGGCUUGGACCAGCGAUUAUGGCAGGAACGCGUGAACUUGGGUCAGUGCGUAUUCUGUGGUGACCCGACGCACGUCUUGGAGAAGCUUAGAGAGGCUAACUUCAAGAUCAACGCGAAGAAGUGCGAGUGGGCCAAGACACAAGUCUUGUACUUGGGCCACGUGUUGGACGGAGAUGGCAUUAAGCCAGAGGACAGCAAGAUCGCGGCGAUUAGAGACUGGCCGACGCCCCGCACAUUAACAGAGUUGCGGUCGUUCCUAGGCUUAGCUAACUACUAUAGGAAGUUCGUGAGGAACUUCUCCACUAUCGCCGCCCCCUUGCGCAGACUGCUAAAGAAAGAGGCAAUCUGGCAAUUGGAUAAAGAUUGUACGUCUGUGCUCAAAAAGUUAAAGCGCGUGUUAGUAGAAUAUCCUGUCCUCAAAGUAGCAGAUCCGUCCUUACCAUUUGUCGUUACGACGGACGCAAGUCAGUAUGGGAUAGGCGCCGUGUUGCAGCAAGACGACGGCAAUGGUUUUAGACCCGUAGAGUUCAUGUCAGCGAGGAUGCCCUGUGAGAAGGUUGCUACCUCCACGUACGAAAGAGAACUCUACGCUCUCAGGCAGGCCUUAGACCAUUGGAAGCACUAUCUGCUUGGGAGGCACUUCAAAGUGUAUUCUGACCAUGAGACACUUCGUUGGCUAAAGACACAGGCCAAGAUGACACCUAAGUUGACUAGAUGGGCCGCAGAGAUAGACCAAUUCGACUUUGAGCUCAAGCCAGUGAAGGGCAAAUACAACGUAGUUGCGGAUGCUCUGAGUAGGAGAUCAUACUACUUUGGAGCCGUAGUACACUAUCUGGAUAUAGGGAGAGACCUGCAGGAGAAAGUGAAGCAAGCAUAUGCGCAGGACCCUAUCUAUAGCGACCUCCUGAAGAGAGUUAGAAAGGCCCCAGAGAAUGAACCAGAUUACCGCACUAGAGACGGGUUGCUGUUUGAGAAGACUAAUGUGUUCGACCGCCUGUGCGUUCCCAACAGCGAAGAGAUUCGUAGUCUGAUUUUGGGGGAAUGUCACGAUACUGAGGGACACUUCGGUUGGCAAAAGGCGUUAGCCAAUUUGAUGCGUGCGUACACUUGGCCAGGGAUGAAGAACGACUGCAUAGAGUAUGUCCGCAGUUGUAAAGUGAUUGUGAACUUCACUCGAGCGAAAAGCCGUUCAAUGAGUGGAACCUUCCAUCUUCGACAUGAAGAUAUUAUGAGAAUUGAUGAGAUAAGCAAGAAGAUUGAGAGGAUGGUUCAGGAGCACUCUUUUACGACAGGAAGUCCAAGAGUGACGCUGGGGUCACUCAACAUGUUUGGCUUGGAGCUACGGCUAUCGUGCGAAAUCAAAUCAGCUCAAAACAAUAUAUUUUACAGGAAGCAGCAUGAGAUUUUAGUCCGCGCCGCCGACAUCAUCCAUGAGUGUGGCGGAAAGCUCGUCUCGCUGACUGAAAUUCCGGGCUUCUAUUCAUCGGGAAUGGCAGGAAAUGGUGCACUUCCGUCCUCAGCUCAAAUCAACCUCUCUCCAAGGAAGCCGUCCUAGUUAGUAACCAGCAAUUAGUACUAAUUAUUUUUUAAAAUUUUAACUAAGUAGUAAAUACAUUUUUAUUUU